GCAAACUGAAAGGAGAAGUCUGUGUCUUCUUGACAAGUGUCAGUGACGGACGGCGAGUCAAUUCGCCUACGACUUCGCGCAUUUAUGCUUUCCAACUGCCUGUUAGUUGUUAUCACACGGAACAACUCCACGUACUCGAUUCAAUAACCUCUCUACAACCACUCGUGGUGGUGACUGCGUGAUCUAUUCCGGUUUACUCCGCUUUAUAUUCAGAGCAAAUCAUCCGACGAAGUGUCAAAAACAUGACGCUAGAACGCCCGUCUUUCAUCAAGAGCUACGUCAACACGCUCUUUCAGGCGACACUCUUAAUGGGCGCGUGCUUCGAACACCUCCGGGGCAUCGUGGUCAUCACGCCCGCGCCCAUUCGCCUCCUCAACGAUACGGCAGGGGACAACUGCUCCGAUAGCCUGAACGGCCUACCACGAGUGUCAGUCGCUCCGGCUUCCAUCAACUACACUGGAUUAUUUCCACGGCAGUGGAUAAACAAAACGUCUGGAAUCCUAUCAACAACAACAACAGCAGCAGCAGCAACAGGGUUAGACAUCAGUAAUGAGACAACAGAAAGUGGUCCCGUCUUGACUGGAGAACUGGACUUUCCAGAACAAACAAGAGAGGCCGAGACUUCAUCCACACCACAAGAGAGCCCUGUCACAACCACUUCCACGAUGCCUGAUGACAGUUCAUUGGAUGAAAUCAGAACCCUCAGUUCGACGUUGGUGCCAUUUGCAUCUCCUCUCAGCAGCGUCAAUCUCACACUGACCUCGCAUGAAAGAGAACUGAAUAAAAUUACCACUACAACCUACCCCUUACAGACUCUUACUUCAACAUCAUCUGAACUGGAACUGAGGACGACUACCACUACACCACAUCCCGUUGAGACUCCUAAAAUGCCUCCUGCGCCUAAAACACCUGUCUUGAAUCUAAAACCUAUCUCUUCAAACCCUAAAGACUCUUUUUACAAGCCCUUAGUGGUCCCUCAGACGUUCACAAUGAAGUCCACCUUCCCAGUGAAGAGACAAGCAUCUUCAGUGCAAGCCAAAGCUACACGGGUCCAUUCGACUGACACUGUAAGUCCGAAGAAGCCACUUAAGCUCAACAACAAAAGUAAAGCAGCAUCAUCGAAAGAUGUGUUAAACAACAACAUCACACCUGAGCAUUCACCAAAAAAUACAGCAGGCUUAAACAAAUAUUCAGCCCUUCUGAGUAAACUGAACUUCCUGCCUUCUGAUAAAAAGCUUCCAGCAAAUGGCAAGUCCACAGAAAGUCCAGAUACACCGACAGUUAAAGAAAUAAAGAGUUAUCACAGCUCCAAGAAUUCCACUGCCAACGUUACAGAUACACCACGCGCACUAACAUCCUUCGUUACCACCUCCUUUUUCAGCCUGAUUUCACAUGUAACAGCAGCUCUUGCGCCACUGCAUCUUCCUGGAACAACUGAAGCAGCUUUUUACAAGUCCACGAAUUCAAACGUGUCAGCACCCACAAACUCGACUUUGUCAGAAUCCGCACAUCUAAACUUGGCCGUAGCCACGAAUUCGUACAUUUCAGAACCCACACACUCAAACUUGCCAGUACAUACGCAACCCAAAACGUCAGAACCAACGCAUGCUAACUUGCCAGAACCAACAGAGGAAUCUGCGACACAUUCCAAUGAUUCCUCGGAUCAGCUAAUUACUCCUUCCUUUGUCAACAUCAAGAAAGCUCGGCCGGUUGAUCCAAGGUCUCUGGAAAAGGAAAUGUACACUGUACUGGCUUCUCGGCUUCCACUGGCUCUAGACCCGGACCUUUUAUACUUAUGGAGGGCACCAUACCUGCAGCGACUCAAGCACACCAACCACGAAAUGGUCGAUGUGAUCCUCCAGUCCGACGUCCGGACGCCGCCGGGAUCGGCGGAAUGCCCGCUGGCGUAUCAGAAAGUUGUCCUGCUCAACCUCCAAAGAAUGCUUGGUCUCCUCCUCCUCUCCUUGCCCCAGUCCUUGAAGGAAGUCGAGGAAGUUUUGUGGGACCCCGACCUCGAGAACUAUCUCUUCAGGCCACAAGGAAAGGCCAUCCUAGACGUGAACACAUGCAAAGGCAGCUGCUACACAAUGGACUCGCUAGGAAUUUGCAGGGAAAUUUUCUUCUGCAAGGAUGGAGCCACGCCAGGUAUAGCGCCACGGUUAACCCCAGAGCAGCUUCAAAAAUUGCUUGCAGCAGCAAGUGGCUAAAUGAAAUAGAGAAUCAUUAUGUUCGGGUUGACACACACAAGCAUCACCAUCAUCAUCAUCGUCGUCAUCAUACAACCACCCCUAACUCAAAGAAUUUCAGGGAGGUGUACAGAGCUGGGGAGAUCCAGGAUUAGCAGCAUGACCUUCUUCCAUAAGUCUACAGACAACUAACGUUCCACCCACCCAAAGAGAAAAGGCCUGCUUAAAGUUGCCAAUUACUACCAUCAUCAUCCAAGCUGCUAACUCGAAUGUGGCCGGAAUCACCAGGAUAUGGAUUAGUCUGGGAGAACAAGGAUUAGCAUCAGUACCUUCCUUCUUGAUAUCCUAUGGACAACUGAACUUCCUCCCAAUCAAAGAACUAAGGCAUGACAAGUUGCCAAUUUUAUUUAUGCCUCAGCUAGGCUGUAUGAAUGGGUUCCCCCAUAAUUUCAUUCAAAUACAAUGGUGCAUAAUAUAGGGACUCGUAAGAGGAUAGCUAUACACAACCACAAAGUUGAUAUUGGACCUCUUAUGAGGUCUGCCUGACUGGAAUGAUUAAAAGAAAAUUAAAAUAUCCUGUGAUUUUGAACAGUGUCAACUGUUAUCGUAUCCCUAAAAACCAGUGUAUCAUUAUUAUGUAGCUGAACAACACAUAACACAUACCCCAGAGUUAGAAAAAGCCACACCUACUGUGUAUCAAUUUCAUCACUCAGACCUUUAAUAUCAGGGCUAUCAUGAGUUAUGUUCAUCCCAUAUUAGGAAAAAUAACUGUGUAACUUGUAUUUAACUAAGCUUUCAGACAAACAUGCACUAUUAUCCUUUUAUAAUAAAUAUAGCAAAAAGAACAAAAAAUUAACAUGACACAUCUAUAUUAACUAGCCUACCCAGUAUCAAAGUAGCAAGAUCUUCACAUUCUCUACGGUCUAACUUUAGCUUAGCUUAAUAAAAGAUAUAUAUUUCUCAUUGAUAAAUAAUAUGUAAAGUGGAAAAUCCUUCUCUAAUGACACUUUCACCUACUGCAACAUUUUCUCCUAUGAAACUCUAGAAGCCUAAACAUUUAACCUAACCUGAGGACCCAACUCUAGGAUGGGCUCAUUGACAAAUAUAAAUUUCCAAAUACUAUGAGUGAAAACACUAGGUCUCAAGUACAAAGAAUAAGUGUAUUUGGAUAAGCAAAAUACAAAAAAUAUAAAAAUGUUAUUGUUAGUAUACAAUAAGGUUUUGUACAUACUUACCUGGCAGAUAUAUACUUAGCUAUACGUCUCUGACGUCACGACAGAAUUCAAAACUCGCGGCACACGCGACAGGUAGGUCAGGUGAUCUACCUUACCCGCCGCUGGGUGGCGGAUGUAAGAACCAAUCUCCCUUUCCAGCCAGAAUUUUUCCUUCCACCGGUCUCCUGAGGGGAGGCUGGGCGGGCCAUCAAUCGUAUAUAUCUGCCAGGUAAGUAUGUACAAAACCUUAUUGUAUACUAACAAUAACAUUUUUGUACAUGAACUUUCCUGUCAGAUAUAUACUUAGCUGAUUGACACCCUUGGUGGAGGGAAAGAGACAGCAAUAUAAAUAUGGAAAAAAGGGGAAAACAACACUAGUUGUAGGAUGUAAAAACAACCUUGGUUCUUACCUGUUUAGGCAGAAGACUUCGUAGUUACUGUCUAUGAGUCUGCGUUGCCUUAAGAGCUUCAGCGAGGGCGUGACCUACAGCUGACAGACUCUUUGGGUCUAUCAAAGGGAUUUGGUUGUCCGCUUACUUGAUAGAAUCCGAGCAGGAUCUGUCAACGGGGAUUCGCCCACUUAUAUGACAGAACCUAACCACUAUCAUUGCAAGGAGCUCAAACAUACACCGAUCACCUAACCAAUCUAAUCAUUGUUAGCACUACGAAAUGAAAAACAUGCCUACCCGCAUGUUCUUUCAAACAACCAAAAACUUACAACCUAACAAGGGGAAAAAAUAUAUACUACUAAGGAUAUGUCUCAGCUCCCUGCCCCAGCACCGAAUCCGCCGAUACGUACGGCCUAACCCGAAGCACUUUUCAUACGUGAUUUUGACGUCUCUCAGAUAGUGGUUUGCAAAGACUGAGUUGCAACGCCAGAAUGUUGCCUUCAUAAUAUUACUCAGGGAUAUGUUUUUGUUAAAAGUCAAUGACGUGGCAAUAGCUCUUACCUCAUGAGCUUUGACCUUAAGAACUUUGUAUUGACUUUCCUCACAUACCGCAUGCGCUUCUUUCACCAGGCUUCUGAUAAAGAAAGAAAGCGCAUUCUUCGAAAGUGUCCUCCUUGGAUCUCUUACAGAGCACCAAAGGUUGACAUCAUUGCCCUUAAGUUUUUUCUUUCUCUGUAGAUAGAAUUUCAAACUUCUUACUGGGCAAAGAGACCUCUCUGCUUCCUCGCCUACUAAUGCAGACAAUCCUUGUACUUCAAAGCUCCUAGGCCAAGGAUUUGAGGGGUUCUCGUUCUUGGCUAAGAACGAAGGAAGGAAUGAACAGAUAGCUGCAUCUCCUCUGAAUCCCACAUUUCCUUCUAGUGCAUGGAGUUCACUAACCCUUUUUGCGGAAGCCAAUGCCAUGAGGAAAAUUGUCUUCUUCGUGAGGUCUCUAAACGAUGCAGACUGAGGCGGUUCGAACUUAUUGUACCUCAGGUAACGUAGCACUACAUCCAGAUUCCAACUCGGAACCCCUGGAGAAAACCUUCUUGGAUGUUUCAAACGAUCUUAUUAGAUCAUGAAGGUCCUUAUCUUCUGAAAUGUUUAAGUUUCUGUGCCUAAACACUGCAGAUAGCAUGCUACGAUAGCCUUUAAUGGUUGAUACCGCCAAUCCACUUUCUUCCCUAAGGAAAAGUAAGAAGUCUGCUAUUUGUGUCACAGAGGUACUGGAAGAGGAAAAGUGAUGGUUCCUACACCAUCGCCGAAAGACGUCCCACUUCGAUUGGUAGACUCUAAGGGUAGAAGGCCUUCUUGCUGCUGCGAUAGCCGUUGCAACUCUUGCCGAAAAGCCUCUCGUUCUGACCAAACUUUUGACAGUCUGAAGCCAGUCAGAUCUAGAGCGGGG